UUUUAACAUGUAACUGGGUAAAUGUCACGUGUCGUGUUAUUUGCAAUGGAUUUCACCCAGCAUAGGGUGCUAACGUCAGCCUAACCUUUUUGAACACCUGACCCGGAACUGUACAACCCACUUGAACCCAAAUCUCAUAAUAACAAGUGUGUGUUGGCUGAUGUGUUACUGAAGCUGUUAAACACUGGUGUCGUUAAAGAAGGCUGGCGUACAAGACCAUAUAGUGUGUGUGUGUGUGUGAAGCUACUUCAGAGAAAUGCAGUCUGUGGUCAAACAAAACCUCCACUCGGAGACCGAAGGAGACAUCAACAAGCUCAUCAACCUGAAGCUCAGUGCAUCCUACACCUACCUUUCUCUGGGGAUGUACUUUGACAGAGAUGAUGUGGCCCUGCCAAGUUUCUCCAGCUUUUUCUUGGAGCGCUCGGUGAAAGAGAGGGAACAGGCUGAGAAGCUGCUGGAGUAUCAAAACAUGAGAGGAGGACGGAUUCUGCUGCAAAAUAUUGCCAAACCAAGCAGAGAGGAUUGGAGAGGUGGUCUGGAUGCCUUGACUUUUUCUCUGGACUACCAGAAGACCCUGAACACAUGUAUCCUUGAUGUGCACCGCAGAGCUGGCAACAACACCGACCCUCACCUGGGUGACUUCCUUGAGCAGCACUUCUUCAUCGACAGCCAUGAUACCAUCAAGAAGCUUGGCGAUUACAUAGGCAGCCUCACCCGUCUGACUUCGUCUGAGACACACGGCUCUAUGGGAGAAUACCUCUUUGAUAAACACACUCUUUAAGAGGUCACAGCAGCACCGUGACAUAAGCUCCACAUUUCAAACGCUAAAGAGAGUCAGGAGGGCAACGACCCUGUGUGCAUUUUUACUCCGUUAAGAAAAAGUUUACCAUAAAUGUCAAUCUUGUAGCCGCAGCACAAGAGAAGUUCUCAGCAAAAAUAACAGGAAAUACCUCAAUUUUGAUUGCAAUCCAUGUUGCAAAAAUAAUAUUCUCAUGAAAUGGUGCUAAGACUACCAUGUUCAUAAGCUGUUGAAAUGGGCCAUUUGUUCAUUUGGAAAAACUUGUAUCACGUGUCAUACAUUCCAGUCUGUCUGAGGUUUUAACCUCCACAAACAUUUGUAAAUGCAUACAUUAUUAAUCCAACAGAAUCAUUUAAAAAUGGACUAUCACUGAAUAAAUCAGAUCAUGUUGACCUUA